AUGCCCACCAAUCUCGCCACGCUCCCUCCCGAGCUUCGGCAGACCAUUCUUUUCUUCUUAAUCGAGGAGUGUCUCAAUGCCCCGAAGUCGACUCAUUACACAUCGCCCGGUUUAGCACCUUACACCACCGUUUGCCGAGAAUGGCAAGAAAUCAUCGAGCGCCAAACCUUCUCCAACCUCUACCUCUGCCUUGACCGGCUGGAUGAAUUCGAGGAGUUCGUCGUCGGCGUGAGGCGUCGUCGCCUGCGGGGCAUUUUACUACACAUCCGAGCCCCAGAGUAUGCUUGCGAUCCAUGUACGCAGAAGGAGUCUUUUGACGACAAGAGGCGAAUCAAUGACAUCUUUACCGAGACUCUGACCCGCCUGUUUGCGCUGAUGAAUACGUGGCCGGAGGAGGAUGUAGUCCCCGGUGGCAUCCGGCUAGAUUUGUCCGUUUCCAGCCCCAGCGACUUAAGGAAUGUCGGCUUGGCCCUCUGGCAGAAGCGCCGGUGGAACACCCGAGACAUUGGAGAGAGGCGUUUCGCUGAUUCGGCCGUCGACUUCGUCGGCCAGGAUGACGAGCGGCGCGUAGUGGGCCUGCUGAAGCCCGUUUAUUCUAUUACCAAAUUUGUAUCAGAAGGCCUUCAUCGCCGCGCCGUCAUGCCUGCCGCAUAUGCCGAGAUCAUAUCUGCCUUGCCUAAUUUGCGCGAGGCAUAUCUGAACAUCAUGAAGGAGAGGCGCGUCCUAGUAAGAAGGCUCAACCUCUCGCAAUUCGGGGACCUGAUGGUCCGUUGGCCUCAUCGUCUCUCGACAUUGGUUAUCAGAGGCAACACAACCUCCAACUGGAGACAACUUCCUCACGCUUCUAUAUCCGAGGCCGACGCCGGAGAUCAUCUUGCCUCCUGUCUCCGCGACGUAGCCCCCCGCCUCCGCACACUUUCCAUCGCCAACCUCGUCACCAUCAAAGCCUUCCUCAUCCCGCUCUGGCCCACCAACUCGGAGGAUCGCGAUAUCCUGCCCAUCAGCCGCCGGGGCCUACCCAAGUGCAAGUACCUCGAGACGGUCGACCUGCACUACGCCUCCCUCAUCUACAAGAUCGACUGGUACAAGGAGAACGCAGACUUCAACAAGCACGACAUGGUAACCGAGUUCCGCCAGGAUCUCGCCCUCGCAGCGGCCCGCCUCGCCGUGUACAUGCCGGCGCUCAAAUCGCUGACUAUUAGCCAGAGACCUAUGAUGUGGGCCGGACGCCAUCGGCUUACGUAUUCCGUUCACGAGAAGCAUGCCGAGCUCGUCUUUUCGAGUUCUUUUGAGUUUGAGCCCGCGGAGUGGGUUGUCGAUGCGUGGAAGAUGGUGGCGAAGAAGCGCGCGGGUAAGCCCUUGAAGAUUCGGACGGAGCGGUUGGUUUCUUAUAAGCCUGACGGAGAUAUUCCCGUUAUCCCUACGUCCGCCUUCUGA